AUGCCACCGUGUACGUCGGGGGGCUGGAUGAGAAGGUCAGCGAGCCGCUGCUCUGGGAGCUCUUCCUGCAGGCCGGGCCCGUGGUCAACACGCACAUGCACAAGGAUCGAGUGGUCAACACGCACAUGCCCAAGGAUCGAGUCACCGGACAGCACCAGGGCUAUGGCUUCGUGGAAUUCCUCAGCGAGGAGGACGCCGACUACGCCAUCAAGAUCAUGAACAUGAUCAAGCUCUACGGGAAACCCAUCCGGGUGAACAAAGCCUCUGCCCACAACAAAAACCUGGACGUGGGGGCCAACAUCUUCAUAGGCAACCUGGACCCGGAGAUCGACGAGAAGCUGCUGUACGACACCUUCAGCGCCUUCGGGGUCAUCCUCCAGACCCCCAAAAUCAUGAGGGACCCCGACACGGGCAACUCCAAGGGUUACGCCUUCAUCAACUUCGCCAGUUUCGACGCCUCGGACGCGGCCAUCGAGGCCAUGAACGGGCAGUACCUCUGCAACCGGCCCAUCACCGUGUCCUACGCCUUUAAGAAGGACUCCAAGGGGGAGCGGCACGGCUCGGCGGCAGAGCGCCUCCUGGCGGCGCAGAACCCGCUCUCGCAG